ACCUUCAACGCAACACACGUCAAUAGGGCGGCGCUGUCGACUUGCACCCCAACUCCUUCACGGCGUUCGGGAUGGCUCCAUUUUCCGACCCCAGGACUGUCAUCACAGGCAUAAAGGAAAAGGUUGAGUCCCUUACGGUCCAAGGUGACAGGCUAUACGUGGGCACGGCAUUGGGAAACUUGUUGGUAUAUGGCAUCGAUGAACUCGCUGAAAAUGACAGCGAAAUUGCAUCCUUGGUUGAAGUGAAGAAGAAUCUGACACGAAGAGCCAUUGAACAAAUGGGGUUCAUUCGGGACAUCAACUCGUUGGUCGUAUUGUCGGAAAUGACGACAACACUCUUUCCUUUGCCCACUCUCGCUCCGUCGACAGUUCUUACUCAGGCAAAGGCGGCCUUUUCGUUUGUUAUCCACAGUUUUACGCAGCAUUUCGAUGCAGAAGGAAAGCCAAGCGAGCCGAAUGUAAAGACUAUUCCGACAUUGAUCACGUACCUCGUAGUGGGCUGCCGACGUAAGGUAGUCAUUUACACAUGGAAAGAUGGUGAAGCACAAGAGGUCAAGGAAGCACCGUUAGCACAUUCACCUAGAGCGAUGUCAUUCAUGACCAACGAAGGCAUUUGCUUUGCAUAUUCCCCAACAGAAUAUGCCGUCUUCAACAUGUCCUCUAUGACAGCUGUCGAUGUCACGAUGCCAAUAACUACAUCCACCACGGUGUCUGGUAUGGGUGCUUUUUCUGGUCUCACGGGGUAUAUGACCCUUGGUCUUGGAGCCAAGGCGAAACCAUCGCUCGCACAAGUUGAUGAAGACAAUACUCUUAUCCUUAAAGACAACGAAGGUUACUUCAUCGGACACGAUGGCAGAACCUCAAAGACAGGUUCCAUUGAGUGGCCAGCGCCACCAGAAGAAAUAGCAUUUGUCAAACCUUACAUAUUUUCUGUACUUCCGGCAGGGACAGUUCCAGGUCUUGAGCCUACGUCUGACCAGCAUCAAAAUCCAAGUUUUUAUCCGACGACUGUACUCCAGAUCCGAUCGGCAUUGACCUUACGUCCGACACAGACCAUUUCUUAUCCGUUUGUCCCUCCUGUAACCCCCACCGGCCCCACGCCACAGAAUGCGUCGGUUCGCUUGCUUACUGCCAGCCCCGCGUCAAAAUCCCCGUUGUAUCUUGUUACGACACCUACGGACCGGACCGCAGCUGCAGCCGAGGGCAGUGCAAUAUGGCAGUUCUGCAUGAAGUCUUGGUCUGAGCAGAUCGAUGAACUAAUUCUGGGUUGUCAAUAUGCUGAUGCACUGACUCUUGUCGACACGAUUGACGCAAAAAUACUUUCCGACAAGGAUGCGAGGAAGACGAGAAUACGUGCUCUCCACGCUGUUUCCCUGUUCCGGACGUCAAAAUUCGAUACAGCUAUCGACACCUUCACCGAACUAAAUAUUAAUCCUGCGAAGAUUGUCGCACUUUACCCUGAUGCUGUGGCGGGACGAUUGUCCGUAGUGCCGGACCGGUGGAUACCUUUGUUUGGCGGACCGGCACCUCCCGAUGAUGUGCCUUCAACGCCUUCAAGCGACAGUUCAAAAAAUGCUAGCCAGGACAAUGUUCCCAUCGAUGCGGUCGAACAGCUGGCUGCCUUCCCCUCAACUGGGAGUAUCAGAGGCAGAUUCAAGACUGGACUCAGCGCUUUGAUAACCCCAACACAGCCCAAAGAUGAUGAUUCGGCAUCCAUACGUAGUAAAACAAAACGCACUGUUCCAGAUGAUUUUAAGCGGUCGGUUGAGACUUUGGUCAGGUACCUGUCGGAUCGUAGGCCCAAAGUCGAUGCUGCACUGGCAGCCAUGGGUAUAACGCCUGCGAACCAAUCUCACAAGACACCGUCUCUCAAUGAGACCUCAGUUGAGGACCUGUUCGCUCUGCCUAAUGCACCUUUGUCAGCACUGACACCUGAGCAAUUGCUUCGCUUCGCCCAAAUCGUGUACACUGCACUUUUUAAGUCGUAUUUGAUCAUUCGCCCUGGUUUGCUGGGUCCCUUGUGUCGAGUACCUAAUUGGUGUGAAGUCUCCGAAGUUGAGGAGGAACUUCGGGCCCAUCGUAAAUUUGGAGAGCUUAUCGAUCUAUAUAAGGGGAAGAAAAUGCAUGAUAAGGCACUGGAACUUUUAAAACAGCUCAGCGAAGAAGAAGAGGAUAUGCUGGACAGAUUGCAACCAUCUAUAUUCUAUCUCCAGAGGCUUGGGCCGGAGUAUCUGGAGCUGAUUUUCAAGGCUUCACGUUGGAUAUUCGACGCCAACCGGGAUAUGGCAUUUGAGAUCUUUACCUCCGAGGAUGUCGAGCUCCCUCGACCAGAGGUGGCCGACUAUUUGGAAGGAAUCGAUCCAUCUCUUUGUGCGAAAUAUCUGGAAUACCUAAUCGACGAGAGAAAGGAGGAGUCUAUGGAUUUCCAUGAUCGUUUGGCAGAACUAUAUCUAUCUAUGACGCUCAUUGCCAGAAAGCGGGGUGACAGUGACCUGCACAAGGAAAUGCACGGAAAGCUCUUACGGUUCAUUGAUUCGACGAACCAUUACAACGUCGACCACAUGUACGGAGUAUUGUCGUCAGAAGAUCUUUUCGAAGCCCGCGCAAUACUGCUUGGCCGAUUGGGACGGCACGACCAGGCCCUCGAGCUCUACGCUUAUAGGUUACAUGAUCACAUGAAGGCAGAGGAGUACUGCAAACGGUAUUAUCAGCCAGAAGGUGAAACGAGCAACAUUUAUCUGACCUUGUUGCGUAUAUACCUCCGACCCACGGUUAAGGAUACGCACGACUAUCUGCAUCCUGCACUGGACCUGAUUAGUCGACACAGCCCUCGACUUGAUGCCGUCGAGACGCUCAAGCUUCUCCCUCCACUUGUCACCGCUGAAGAUAUCCGCACCUUCCUAGUCGAUGCACUGCGAGCUCCAAUUUUUGAUAACCGCGUUGUGCGCGGUAUCAGCAAAUCCCGUAAUGACCAACUAUCGCGUAAGUUGAUGAUCCUGCAAACCAAGCGCGUCAAGGUUACGGAUAGCCGCAUAUGUCCACAAUGUCAUAAGCGGCUGGGUAAUAGCGUCAUCGCUGUGCAUUCGCCCAGAGGUGAGGUUACGCACUAUCAGUGCCGUGAAGCAUUCUCCCGUCGUUUGAAUGAGACGAGGCGGUAGCUUGUUGAACAUCCAUUUCAUUCACACGGGACUGACAUGUAUGAACAAUCCGGAUGCUAUUCAUUUGUACAACAGUGCUAUAUACCAAUACAA